CUCCUUUCUCUGGCCAUGGAGACCCUGGGGGUCAGCGAAGAGGCAGAGGCGUGCAGCAGGUUGAGUCGCUCUCGCGGCCGCCACAGCAUGACCAGAGCCCCAAAGCACCUGUGGCGGCAACCCCGGCGCCCCAUCCGCAUCCAACAGCGCUUCUAUUCGGAUCCGGACAAGUCCGCGGGCUGCCGCGAGCGGGACCUGAGCCCGUGGCCCGGGCUCAGGAACUCGCGGCUUUCCUGGCCCAUUUCCUCCUGCAGGCGCUUUGACCUGGAAAAUGGGCUCUCAUGCGGGAGGAGGGCCCUGGACCCUCAGUCCAGCCCUGGGCUGGGCCGGGUCAUGCAGGCUCCAGUCUCGCACAGCCAGCGGCGCGAGUCCUUCCUGUACCGCUCAGAUAGUGACUAUGAACUUUCACCCAAGGCCAUGUCUCGGAACUCCUCUGUGGCCAGCGACCUACAUGGAGAGGACAUGAUUGUGACGCCCUUUGCCCAGGUCCUGGCCAGUCUGCGGACGGUUCGGAGCAACGUGGCGGCCCUUGCCCGCCUGCAAUGCCUAGGAGCGGCCAAGCAGGGACCCGUCGGAAACCCUUCAUCCAGCAAUCAGCCCCCUCCGCCUGCAGAGGACACGGGGCAGAAGCUGGCAUUGGAGACGCUAGACGAGCUGGACUGGUGCCUGGAUCAGUUGGAGACACUGCAGACCCGGCACUCGGUGGGGGAGAUGGCCUCCAACAAGUUCAAGCGGAUCCUAAACCGGGAGUUGACCCACCUGUCUGAAACCAGCCGCUCCGGGAACCAGGUGUCCGAGUACAUCUCCCGGACCUUCCUGGACCAGCAGACUGAGGUGGAGCUGCCCAAGGUGACCGCUGAGGAGGCCCCACAGCCCAUGUCCCGGAUCAGUGGCCUACAUGGGCUCUGCCAUGGUGCCAGCCUCUCCUCAGCCACUGUCCCACGCUUUGGGGUCCAGACUGACCAGGAGGAACAGCUGGCCAAGGAGCUAGAAGACACCAACAGGUGGGGACUUGACGUGUUCAAGGUGGCGGAGCUAAGUGGCAACCGGCCCCUUACAGCUAUCAUAUUCAGCAUUUUUCAGGAGCGGGACCUGCUGAAGACAUUCCAGAUCCCAGCAGACACACUGGCCACCUACCUGCUGAUGCUGGAGGGUCACUACCAUGCCGAUGUGGCCUAUCACAACAGCCUACAUGCCGCCGAUGUGACCCAGUCCACACAUGUGUUGCUGGCUACACCUGCCCUCGAGGCUGUGUUCACAGACUUGGAAAUCCUGGCUGCCCUCUUUGCAAGCGCCAUCCAUGAUGUGGACCAUCCUGGGGUCUCUAACCAGUUUCUGAUUAACACCAACUCAGAGCUGGCGCUUAUGUACAAUGAUGCCUCCGUGCUGGAGAACCACCACCUGGCUGUGGGCUUCAAGCUGCUGCAGGCAAAGAACUGCGAUAUCUUCCAGAACCUCAGCACCAAGCAGCGACUGAGUCUGCGCAGGAUGGUCAUUGACAUGGUGCUGGCCACAGACAUGUCCAAACACAUGAACCUCCUGGCUGACCUCAAGACCAUGGUGGAGACCAAGAAGGUGACAAGCCUCGGUGUCCUCCUCCUAGACAACUAUUCUGACCGAAUCCAGGUUUUGCAGAAUCUGGUGCACUGCGCUGACCUGAGCAACCCUACCAAGCCGCUGCCCCUGUACCGCCAGUGGACAGACCGCAUCAUGGCCGAGUUCUUCCAUCAGGGAGACCGCGAGCGUGAGUCGGGCCUGGACAUCAGUCCCAUGUGUGACAAGCACACGGCCUCCGUGGAGAAGUCCCAGGUGGGUUUCAUUGACUACAUUGCCCACCCACUGUGGGAGACUUGGGCUGACCUGGUCCACCCAGACGCACAGGACCUGCUGGACACGCUGGAGGACAAUCGAGAGUGGUACCAGAGCAAGAUCCCCCGAAGUCCCUCAGACCUCACCAACCCUGAGUGGGGCGGGCCUGACAGAUUCCAGUUUGAGCUGACUCUGGAGGAGGCAGAGGAAGAGGAUGAGGAGGAGGAAGAGGACGGGGAAGAGACAGCUUUAGACAGAGAGGCCUUGGAGUUGCCUGACACUGAACUCCUGUCCCCGGAAGCUGGCCCAGACCCUGGGGACUUACCCCUCGACAACCAGAGGACUUAGGGCCAGCCCUGCGUGAACUGCAGGGGCAAUGCAUGGUGAAUCCCUUUGGCUCUUGGUAGGUAGACUUUCCAGGAAGUGGCUCCAUGUGGCUUCUGCUUCACUUUCCCACCCAUUGAGGGAGACAAUCAAGUUCUUAGUCAUAGGUGGCUCUCAGCAUCUAAUUGGAGGCACCUGGCUGGGGUCCACUCUGACCCCGGACUUGCCUAAAAGAGCUCUCCAAGGGGCAGCCUCUUAGAAUGCCCUUGGGGUCUUUCUCCUGGGCUUCUAUCCCUGCGAGGAGAGGUGCUGUCUGCUAGAGCCUCUAGCCCACCCUCUCCAGUGGUCACUCUUGAGCCAUAUCUGUCACUUAAUUAUUUCCUUCUUUGUCAAAUAUGUAUUGCCCAUCU